UUUCAUUGUCUGGCAACACUGCGCUGGUCAAAUUUGCAAUUUCAUUGUUUUCUUUUUAAAUAUUGCUAGUUUGUAUAUAAUAUUCGCUAUUCAUGGAGAGUGCGACUGAUGAUGUUGUGCCUGCGAAGGAAUCGGGUGGUUUUACCUCACAUUGCGUCCACUUGGAGGCGGGUCCCUCGCAAUUCACCGUGCGAGCCCUGAAAAUGCAGGGCAGCACCAUGCUGAUUAUAAACCCCAAGGAAUCGGAGGUUUUCGAGGAGCUAGCGGUGGGCAUGCCUUCUCGUAACCCCGCCAGCAGCGAGUCCAUAUCCUCCACCAUCCUGGGCGGACAUGGUCAGACCGACUCAUCCGUUCUGGCCGGCAAACUGAGUAAACGCUACUGCCGGCAGUUCUAUGUGAGCCUCAAUCUCAAACUGGAUCGCUUGGUCGGCCCUCUGUUCGAGAAGGCGCUAGUCACCUACAUGCAAGACCAUCUGGAGCACUUCGCUUGAGGCUCGCCUGCGAUACCGAUGACAUGGCGCCGCGUGGGGGUCAACGUCUAUUUCGGGGACCGGCGGUUACCCCACGGACACAGCUCCACGUACUCUACGCACUCCAUCAGCUUACUAUCUGGGAUCUGUGAUCUCCGAUUCCCGAUCUCCGCUCAGACGUCAUGCGGCGGCCGAGUGAGCGCGAACUUUAAACGUGUAUCGGUGAAACGAAUUUUGUACAAUAAAUUUAUUGCCCUAAGUAA